AUGCAUCGGUUUACUUUAACCUUUUUGAACAAAGAUGUAGAGUAGUAAUACUAAUCUAUAAACAAAAAGCAAUCUAUAGAAUUUCAAUAAUAGUAAAAAUGGAUAUUCAUCGUCAUGGGCCUCUACUUUACUAUUAUAAAAAUUAUCGAAUAAGAAUGGGUAAGUUUGGGAUUCAUUUUAUUUAAUUGGAUAGUCGUCAUUUUUAGUUACAAAUUUAUUGCUCAACGCCACAAAUUAUAUGAUUUCUUUCUGACAUUUGUAGUUGUUAGUUACAAUUUAUACUUUCCAAUAACUAAAUACUUUUCACUAGUAUAGAGUGAUAACUUCUAUGUGGAUGGCUACUUUAUUUCGGUUGGCACUUUUGGGUAAAAUCGAAAUUUAAAUUUUUUAGUGUGAUCAAUAUUUUUAGUUUCAGAUAUAAAACUAUCAUCAUAGCUAUAAUAUUUACAUCGCUAGUGAGUUUGAGCAUGAUUUAAGAUGAGAAUUUUUGGAAUCAACUCAUAAAAUCGACAAUCUUUACAUCACUUUAUUUAUAAAAUUUGUAUUGUUUGGAGAAACACAAAAAGAACAGUUUUCUUGACCAUUUAAAAAGAACAACUACAUUGAAGGGCAUUUAUGACUUGACAAAUAUUUAAACCUUCAUUAUACAUUAUAAAGCAGAAACUAAAAAAAUUGAAUUAGUAUAGAAAGAUAAUCAAUAGGAGAUAUAGAAGCAAAUUUUAGAUGAUUUCGAUGAUUAUUUAAACAAUAUGAAAAUACAAUAGUCUAGGAGUUCAGGAAAGUUCGCAUCCAUCUUAGGCUAAGAUCCUGUAAAUUAAUCAUAGAGAAAGUAAGAAUUAAAAUCAUAUUUAUUUGAAUUGUUUCUCAGAGAUCUAAGACUAAAUAAGACUAUCAAUGAAAAUUAAUACGAAAAUAAUCAAAUAUUAGGAGAAGCUAUUUAUGAAUAGGAUUAUUAUUCGAUUCAAAUUUCCAAAGUAUUUGAUACCCAUCCUUGUUUCAUUCUUAUAUUACAGGAAAAGAAAUAAGAGGUUUAAUUGGAGGAACUAUCUUUGAAAAAUAAAAUGUUAAAGAAAUCUCUAGAUUAGACUUCGUUAAUAUUCAAGCAUCAAGUACGUAUAUCUUUGAUUUAUUUUUAAUGGAUUUAUAAAUUUGCUAAUAAAAAGGAACAAAUUUUGUUGAUUAAUAGAUGCUUAUAGUCUAUUCAUGGAUAAAUUAUCAAAGCUAACAAUGACUUUUAAAAUAUUAUUGAUUUUAAUACCAUCAAUUCUGAUUUCUAGCAGUCGGUAAUCAAAAAAUUUAACAUUAUUGAUUGUCUUAAUGAACUAACUAGAGCAAUAAGUUAUUAUGACAUAAACAAAGAUAUUAAAUUUAACAUCAUAAACUAAUUGGACGUUGAACAAUAAAAUAUAUAAUAAGAUGAGAAAUAACUCAAAUAAUUAUUUUACAAUUUGUUGUUCUUUGUUUCUCAUUCUUCUCAAACUGUAACAAUUACCUUACAACAUGAUACUCAUGGUCAACCAAGUAAAUCUGUAAUUAAAAUUAAAAUCAACUAUUAAGGCCCCAACCUUAGUAAUUAAUAGUUAUAAGGGUUGCAAAUCAUAAACCCCUAAAAUUUAGGAGAAUUACUGCAUAACUCCUAAAAGCCCUUAGAUUUAGAAAUACCAUUAUCAUUGAUGAUUAUUCGUAAGAUUGGACCUUAUGAUAAAAUGCGAUUGUAAUAGAAUAAAAAGACUUAGAAUUAUAUCGAAUUUUAUAUUUUUUCAGUAUUAGAAGAGCAGUAUCAUUUAAUACCCAUAUAUUCUUUACAUCCUUUAAAUUGUUUGAUACUUAGAGAAAAGAAUAUGUAAAAUUCUAAGAAAAUCACUUCUUUAUAUGAGAACAUGUAGCCAAGCCCUCGCAUAAAGAUCCAAAAUUUUAAUAAUUUUUGA